AUGUUAGCAGGAGACUCGAGUGACUUUGUCAGCCCUCGCAAGCAAUUAUCCAACAAUAUAUCCAAGCUGGCUCUUGACGAAGACUGGGAUGAUGUCGGAGCAAUCACGAAAAGCAAACUGGCUUCUUACAAGGAGGAAGCAAUCCUAAAACAUAAUCCAAAGAGAUUCGUAUUGUUUCCAAUUCAAUAUCAUGAGAUCUGGCAAGGCUACAAGAAUUGUGAAGCCAAAUUCUGGAGUGCUGAAGAAAUUGAAUUGUCUGAUGAUGCUGAAGGAUGGAACAAACUCUCUGGCAAAGAACGGACAUUCGUAUUACAAUGUCUAUCAUUGCUGGGUACCGGAGAUGGUGGUGACAACAUCAAUCGACUAAACUCGGAAAUCCAAAUCCCUGAAGCUCGUUGCUUUUAUGGCUUCCAAAUCAUGCAACGACAUGUACAUCUAGAAUUGAUUGGUGUCUUGACUGACUUGUUUUCGACACGGCCUGAUGAUCGGGAGAUUGGUCUUACUGCUAUUAAAGAAUUGUCGGCCGUUCAAAAGCGCUCAGCUUGGCUUGCUACACAUGUACUUGAAUCCGAUGAACACUUCUCAAACCGUAAUGCUGCUGUUGCCAUAUUUAUGAAUGUGUUUAUGUGCACUAUCGGUGCUGCUCUACUUCACUUGACUCGUCCGGGUGAAAAGAGAACGCAUUGUACACCAAACACCCCUCUGCCUGGUAUGAUUCGAGCUCUUGCGAAGGUGCAACGAGACAUUGAUACAUACGACGCAUUCUGUAAUCUAGUAGCUCGCCACAUGGUGAACCGCCCGACUCAACAAAUCAUCCACCGUCUCACAGCCGAUGCAGUAGCAAUCGAAAAACAAUUAAUCACUGAAUUGUUUGGGCUCUUUGGCGGCUCUGUCAAACUCGUCUCUACAACGCUAGACUUGGCCCGUCUGACCAAAUAUGUAGAAGUGGUUGCCGAUCGUGCCCUUGUAAGACUAGGAUUGGCCAAAUUGUAUAAUACGGAUCCUGCAUCUGCAUUGCCGGAGAUUGAUACAGUGUUGAAGGAAGAAAAGGAUAAAGAGGAGCAAGCCUCGGGAGCUGUGUCUACAGGUGCAGUUACCAAGACGGAUGCUUCUAUGAAUACGAGGCAAGAGUUUUCUAUUAGUGAAGACUUUUAG